AUGGCACCCCAGGAUAUAGUAUUCGAUGCUUUAUCCCAACUUCAAGCUGCAGUCCAUAGUGCUAUCAAGAGCUUAGACAAUCCUAUUCGUCACCCAAUUCGUUUCCUCUCUGAAGUAUUUCAAUGGCAAUUCUUAUUUGUUUUCGGGGUGUUCCAAUGGUUCGCCGAUAAGAUAUUCUCCCCGACACCUCCUGGACCGAGUACCCGGUUAAGAAGACCGAAAAUCGCCAUCAUCGGGGCUGGUAUAACCGGUGUAACAUCUGCUGCACAUUGCAUUGGUCACGGAUUUGAUGUUACCAUCUUCGAAGCCGGGGACAAAAACAGUAUAGGAGGUAUAUGGAGUAAAGUAAACAAUACGUCUGGCCUACAGAUCCAUUCUCUCAUGUACAGGUUUCACCCGUCGGUCAAAUGGCAAGGUGGUUAUCCAGAUAGACAGCAGAUCAUAAGCCAGGUUAAGCAACUGUGGAAGCGAUACGGCCUAGACACGAAGACGAAAUUCAACGUCAAUGUCGACAAAGUGUACCAAAAUGAGAAGGGCCGCUGGAUCAUCAAUGGCCCGGACAAUGGUCAAUUCGAAGGUGUUAUCGCAGCCGUAGGAACUUGCGGAGACCCGAAGAUGCCUCGAAUGGACGGCAUGGAGCGAUUCAAGGGAAGAAUCUACCAUUCGAGCAAGUUGACCGGUGUUGAUGCUAAGGGUAAAUCAAUGAUCAUCAUUGGCGGUGGGGCGUCCGCAGUGGAGGCUCUGGAGUUUGCUGCCGAAGAAGGGGCUUCGAAGAUCUAUAUCUUAUCACGUAGCGACAAGUGGAUCAUCCCUCGUAACUGGGUAGUUGAUGUUCUCCUUUCUCUAAACAUAUGGGGUCAGGAGACCAUGUUAUCUGCCAUUCCAGAAGCAUUGCUCAGGAAAUUCUUCUACCGAGAUUUGCAGGAUCUAGCGCCGAAAGAGAAGGGUAUUUUCAUGGAUACGCCUAUGGUCAAUUCGGAUGUCAUGGACAAGCUCCGCUCUGGCAAAGCCGAAUGGAUUCGAUGCGACAUCGAGAACUUCACUAAAACAGGCGUCCUCGUCAACAAGAGAGAGAAGGGAGUACCAAAAGGAGGCCCCGGUCUAAAGACUGACAUUGAAGGCGAUAUAGUGGUAAUGGCAACCGGAUUCAAGAGACCAUCAUUGAAUUUCCUUCCCAACGAAUGUUUCAGCGGAUCGUACGGACCGCCGAAUUGGUAUCUCCAAACUUUCCCUCCUGAACAUCCUUCUGUCUCGGCCAUUAACUGCACCUAUCUGUCAGCCAUCGGAACGGUCGGUAAUUGGCAUAUUGGCAUCUACACGCGGAUCCUUCUCAUGUUCCUAGUUGACCCUCUAACGCGACCGUCUACGUUCUGGAUGGAACGGUGGAUCGACAUGACCAAAUUCCUCAAGGCCUCAUCCCCAACUGGUGCUUUCGACUUCUUCACUUAUCUCGAGCUUCUUUGGUGGUUCUCCUUUUGUGUCACCAUCAACCCAUUCCGCUGGAAGUGGGCCACAUUCGUAUUCUUCGGCUUAGGGUUUGCGUUACCUAAGCGGGUGGUCCUCGCCGAGGAUCAAAUCCGAAAUGGCUUAGGAUUCGCAGAUGCCGACGAGGAAAGUAGAGACAUCGGUAGAAGUUUCUAG